AUGAAGAAGAGUUCUUAUAAAAUGCUAAGCCAAAUGGUGCAUAAAUGGAUCAGCAAGAGAAAGAAAGGACAUUUUGCUGUUUACACCAAGGAAGGCAAGAGGUUUGUUGUGCCUGUAGAGUAUUUGAACCAUCCCAUUUUCAGAGUCUUACUUGAAAUGGCUGAAGACGAGUUCGGAACUAGGGCUCAGGGGCCGCUGCAGGUUCCGUGUGAGGAAGAAUUCUUGGAAUACAUUUUCACACUGCUAAAGAAUAAUCCUUAUCCAGAAGUUGAAAAUGCUUUCUUCAGCUCCAUGAAUACUUGCUGAGGCAUUUCAUCUUCCGUUCUUUAUUCUUUUUCGUUGCCAUAGUCAAGGUGCUUGUGCAUCCACAGUUUUGUAGAGCUGGAUGCUGAGUGAUUCAGUCCAUACUCUAGCUUGUAAAUUAGAAUGAGUGUUCAGACAAUAAGAUUAUCAUACAGAGCAACCAGGUUGCAAAUUCUAAAAAUGCAAGUUUUUCACUUUUGUCGAUUGAAAAAAAGGCAAUAACGCAUAUGUUGGUCCCUA